GGCCAAUCAGUGCUGAGCUUCUUGGUGUAGUCCCUGAACGUUUGGUGUUACAUUUUGAAAAGAUGUCGUUGAAGCAAGGGAUUGGCAACGCCGAAUAUUUGAACAAAAGGGUCCCAAAGAAUGCCAAGUAUCAGCACAUCAAAUCCAAACUGGACACAGGAUGCAGCCUGUCAAAGUACAUGGAGAAAAUAGAGGACAUGAAGAGGAAUUACAGAUACAGAAAAGAUGAGAUAUUUAAACGACUUAAAGUGACAACAUUUGUGCAACUGAUCGUUCAAGUGGCCUCAGUUUCAGAACUUACCUCCAGUCUGAGUGAAUGUGAACUGAACACACCAGAAGAUGCCCUGUCAGUGGCGUCAGAGGAGCUAGAGUCUCUCACAGUUCGGUCCUACGACUCAAACUCGUCUCCGUCCACAGAGAGAGGGGACGCCCACACAGCCCGCUCCACUUUGCUAAGUGUGAUCAGUGGAGUGGGGGAGCUGAGCACGGAGCAGAGUCCUGAUCCAGAGUCCAAUCCGGACUCCGACAAACCGUACAAAGACUGCCCCUAUCUGCUACUCGAUGUGAGGGACAGAGACCAGUACGACUCCUGCCACAUCAUCAGCGCUCACAGUUUCCCCAUCGCAUUUCUGUCUCGGACCAUGAACCCCUACACCAAAGAAGUGCUGGAAUAUAAAAAUGCUCCUGGUAAAAUCAUCAUAGUUUAUGACGAGGACGAGAGGAUCGCCAGUCAGGCCGCCAGCAUCAUGUGUCAGAGGGGCUUUGAGAACCUUUUCAUGUUAUCUGGAGGUCUGAAGGUGUUGUCUCAGAAGUUCCCUGGGUCUCUUGUCUCUGGCCCUCUCCCUCCUCUCUGCUUCACCCGCUCAGACUCAGUGAGGGGCAGGAGAGUGGCGCCCCCCUCUGGUCACACGCGGGCAGAGCAGCGCUGGAGAUUCACCGCAGACGAACUGAACAGACUCACAGAUCAGCUGGAGGAGGUUCUAGUGCCCAGCAACAACUCCAGUCGGAUGUCCAGCCGUAUCUCCUCUGUGAGUUCUCAGAGCGCCCGCAGUCGUCACAGCUCCUCUUCCUGCAGCAGUCGUCCCUGGAAGUGACCCGCCGCCUCCUCAUCCACAAAUACUCACUUGAAAACUGUUUCUGAUCCUGGUCUAAUAUGAAGGACACAACAGCACUAAAUAAGACCAGUAAUCCUGGAUUAUACUGGAGUGCUCAGUAAAUAUCAGUUUGCACCUUCCCCCUAUCCCCAACCACAACCUGUACUUAUAUGGCUUUGUUUUAAAGGUGCAUUGUUCUGGUGUAGGGUCCGUCAAAUUCUUUUCUCCGUGGAGAUAUUAUUGCGUUGCCUGGAAUGUUUCACAGUAUGGCAUUAAAACCCUUCUAUCUUCAUGGAGAACAAACCAGACCAAGUUACAGGUCACAUUUCUCUAGAUGUUUUUUAGCAUUAGAAACAUCUUUACAACACAUGAUACUUUCUUGUAGCUCAAAUUCCCUUUUAAACAUGCUUUUGCUCACCUUGGGAUAACUGCUACACCUCUGUUUCCAACAAGACAAACUAAAUACAACUCCAGGUAUGUUUUAACAUUAAUUUUGCGUAAUAUGUAGACACCAAGUAAUGCAAAAAUAAUGCCAGCCAAUUUUGAAAAACAACAAACCUGGCUGCGUUAUGGUGAAAUGCUACUACGACGAGGUGCGUGAAUCAGUUUUUCAAAGCCAAUGGUCCAGUUUCUAUUAUGAAGUUGUUUUAGAUCAAUAUUGCUGGUUACAAUUCACAGAAUGUUAAAUUAAUGAUCUAAAUGUUUGAAAUUAACUCUAAAAGUAAAGUAUGCAUUUUUCAAAGACCCUCUACCUGAUUUCUUUCCCAUGUAAUUGAGCAGAAUUUGUCUUGCCCAAUUAUAAAUGGCCCUAUCUUGCCACCAGUCUUUGAGCGAGCACAAGUGUUAACAAGGGGGCAUGUCCAGGUCGGGCUGUACUUGGCCGCUGGGAACAAAAAAAAAGGCUUUUUCUGCCUUGAAUAUGUUACACGUAAUGUUCUUCAGUGCACUAGUUUGAUAUUUACUGUUACAAUUCUUGCAAUACAUGCAUCACGAAUUUCGGACUUCCGUCAUUGUGCAAUGCAUACUGGGAAGGAUUUUCCCAAAAAGUGAGCAUCAAACUGCCAUGUUUGUUUUCCCAGUGGCAUACGUCUAUUGACAAAGCCAGUCUUUUCUAGUCUUUUGAACCAUAUCGUUUUUGUUUCUGAUUCUGAUAUUGUCAUAUUUUAGUUUUGGGAUUCGGACAUCGUAAUUGUGUGAUUGUUGGAUGUCCUAACAGUGGAAACGGCUCAAGAAACGGGCUUCGGAAAGUUUGUGAACCCCAUAAAUGCAAAAGGGAAUCAGAUCUGUGUGACUGCAAAUCUCCAUUCAAACUGUCUCCCUUCCCAACAGAAAAAUAGUGAAAGGCGAAAGCGAUGGGCACUAUUGAUCCACAGCAAGGACGGAAAAGGAAACUUUUGCCUAAGAAAUCAUCCUGAGUUUGCAGCGAACAUUUUGUAUGUGGAGCACUCAACCUUGGUUAAGAAUUUAAAAAGUCAACGCCAAAGCGAAAGGCACCAGCUGUUCACCAAGAAACACCUUCCAUUGCAAAGAGACCAAGACUUAAUGUUGCUGUAAAACCACAAGAACAAGAAAGUGCAAGCUUGGCCUGUUUGUCUUCUGCACCUCUCACUUAACAAACGGGAUCCCGCUUUGAUGGUUCUCCACAUACAAAAUGUUCGCUGCAAACUCAGGAUGAUUUAGGCAGUCAAAAGUUUCCUUUUUGUCCUUCCUGUAGAUCAAUACUGCCCAUUGCUUUCGCAUUUCACUAUUUUUCAAUUCCAUUGGGAAAGGAAACAGUUUGAACAGAGGUUUGGAGUCACACACAUCUGAUUCCCUUUUGCAUUUAUGGAGUUCGCAAACACAUUUCUCGACCCGUUUUCCACUGUUA